AUGUUUGACCUUGAGUGCGGUAUUCGAUUACGAGCAGCACACACCUCACCAGGAACCGACUAUGACAACAUCGUCUCCCUUUACAACAAUGCCAAAGUGGCCGAGUACAUGUCCUAUGACUUUCCUGUUCCUCAAGGAGACAGCUUGAAGGAGUUUUUCCAGGGUAUAGUCACCAAAAAUGCGGAAAUGUUUUGCAUCGUCGAAACUAUACCACAAUCUCAAGGUGGAAAAGAUGAUGUGGAGAAACCAAGAUUUGUUGGCAUGGCCGCCUUAUGGGUAUCGCGACGGGAGAGGGGACAUAGACACUCAGAGUUUGGUAUCGGCCUCAUGCCUGAGUUCUGGGGGAAAGGCUAUGGCAAGGAGAUCACCAAGUUCUUGAUACACCAUGGAUUCUACCAUCUGAAUUUGCAUCGCAUAUCGCUCGAGACGAUCGGUGGAAAUGAUCGCGCAAUUACGAUGUACAAAGCAUGUGGAUUUGUUGAAGAAGGUAGGCUGCGAGAAGCGGUAUGGGUUAGGGGAGGAUGGAGAGACAUCAUUGUAAUGGGAAUUCUCGUUGACGAGUGGCGAGAAAGGUCGUUAAAUCGUGAUUGA